AUCUUAAGGUGAAGCUUCUGAAAUUUUCACUGUAUGCAAAAGUAACAUGCCGUACAAAUAGUAACAAAGAUGGAUAUAUAUAUAUAUGUAUAUAUAUAUGUGAAUAAAAGGCAGAACCUGUCAAAAGCUCUAAGGUUGGCUUUUAUCUUCCUAUUUUUCUCAAUAAAUGAGAUUACAUAUAGAUGACUUUUACUUGCAUCAUGAGAUAGCACAAGAUAUAUCAAUCACAUAUCUCUCUAAGACUGACAACAUCAUUCAAGUGCCUAUCCUUUGCACCUUCAAAAAUUUUCCAUGGUUCACAUAUUCAAUUCAUGUUACCGCUUGGCAACUUAGACUGAGCAGUUCCUUCAGUAUCAAGCCAGCUGCAAUAUACUACAGAACCUAAGAAGACUAAAGCAUAAAUGAUUGAAUUAGCUGAAGAUGAAUAUUUAAUGAAUUAAUUCUAUAUGAAACCUCAUGGCUGUCAUUAUGUUCAUGAUUUUCCAAAACCAACAGCAGCUUUCCUCCUCUUCCGUGUUUCUAUUUUUUCGGGGCUUGGAAGGCCAGUCUUCUGCUCAUACUUCUUUUCUAAUGCCUGUAGAUUAAAUCAGUGGAA